UCAGUCUCUCUCUCGCCUUUCGGCUUUGCUGAGUGCUGGCUCUCUGACGUGUCUCUCUCUCUCACCCGUCACCGGCUCACCGCCUCGCUGCCGCCAGCCACUCCGCCGAUGAUCGACGAUCAGGACCUCGGCUUCUUUGCCAAUUUCCUUGGCGUGUUCAUCUUCGUACUAGUGAUAGCGUAUCAUUACGUGGUGGCUGACCCGAAAUAUAAAGGCAACUAAGGUUUUCUGUUUGUUUUUUUUUUUUUUGAUGUGUUUGCAAUAGAGAUGUUUGUUCUAGUUUUGUAGACUUGAGCUGUUUCACAAAAUGUACGCUCUGUGACCGUGAAUAUCAUUUUAUAACUCUGUUUUCAUGAAAAAUUAAUCCAUAGAUUCUGGUUUUGAA